AUGUCUUCUAAUCAAACACAAGAUGAGUUCGAGGGAGCCAAGAGCCAUGCUCCAGCUUCCAUACACCAAACUGUUUCUACUAGUAGUAGAAAGUCUAUGUCUGAAGGCCGUGAAGAGGCCAAGGCCGCCUUCUUCAAAAUGAUGGAUGUGUGGUUUGGGGAUUACUUGAGGAAUCACCCCAAUAUACCACAACCUCCCCCGCCCCCCAACCAACCUAAUGAGGAAGUACUACGAGAAUUUAAAGCUAAGGUUGAUGGUGAUGCCGAAAGAGCUGAGUUCUGGCUUGAGAAUACUACAUGGGUAUUAGAUGAAUUGUUGUGCACACCUAAAGAGUGCUUGAAGUGUGCCAUGUCCCUCCUGAAGGAUACUACAUACCACUGGUGGAAGACUGUAUCUUCUGUGGUGCUGAAGGAAAACAUUACUUGGGAAUUUUUCCAAGCAAAGUUUAAAAAGAAAUACACCAGUCAGAGGUUCUUAGACUCAAAGCGAAAGGAGUUACUGGAACUCAAACAAGGAAAUAAAACUGUAGCAGAAUACAAAAAGGAGUUCAUACGAGAGUUUGCUGCAUUAGCUAAUCGAGCUAAGAAGGCCGAAGAGCUUAACAACGAAAGAAAGAAAGCUAAAAGAGAAGCUCGAGUUUCGAGCAAGAGGUCCAGCGGUAAGACACUCUUAUUUCCUACGAAGAAAUCAAGGAGCCAGCAUGAACACUCUACUUCAUUGGUAGGAUAUUCAGGUAAAGUGAAGGGUUCCAAACGACGAAAUCAGAGGUCUUUCUCCCUGAUGGUGACUAGUGUGGGGAGUGUAGAUGACCAAAAGCUGAAGUGUAAAAGUUGUAAGAAAUUUCACUCUGGAGAGUGCCGAAUGAAGAGUGGUGCAUGUUUCAGAUGUGGUUCCAGCGGUAAGACACUCUCUUUUCCUACAAAGAAAUCAAGGAGCCAGCAUGAACGCUCUACUUCAUCGAAUACUGAGGUUUUCAAUGAGUUAGUUAAGAAGGCUCGUGUGUUAGAGGAUACUUUUGGGGAGGAGCCCACAACUUCUUUGUCUGAAGCUGUUAAGAUGUUGACUGAGGCUACUAGUGGUUUCGAUCAUAAAGUUGACAUCAUCGUGGCGAGAGCUUGUUUUGUCUGUGGUUCGAUAAAGCACUAUGUGAGUGACUGCCUGAGGAGAGCUAUUGUUGUUUGCAAUCAGCCUAUUGCUGCUGUUCUUGCUGCACUUAUUCCAGCUCGAGGGAGAAGCUGUGGCAGAGGUGAUGGUGGUAGAGGUGCUGGUCAGUGUAGUGCUGCACGAGGUGGUGAUGGUGGUCUAGCUAGAGUUUAUGUAAUGAGGGAGCCUCGAAUUAGAGAGGCCAUUGAUGUUAUCGCAGGUUUCAACAUUAUUCUGGGUAUGGAUUGGUUGUUCGAGUAUCGGGCUAAGGUGGAUUGCGAGGCAAAGUUGGCGACUCUGUGUGGUGCUGGUGGUUCGGAAGUUGUUGUUGUUGGUGAAAACUUUGAGUUGUUGUCGAAUGUGAUUUCUUCACUUCAUACUGAGAAGUUAGUUCGGGAAGGUUGCGAACUUUGUUUGGCUUAUAUCAUGAAUGUUGAUAAUAAGGAGAUGAGGUUGUAUGAGAUUUGGGUUGUCUGUGAUUUUUUGAAUAUGUUUCUUGAGGAGUUGCCUAGAUUACUACUGAAUAGAGAAGUUGAGUUCGGUAUUGGGCUCUAUCCCGAUUGA